UUGGAUAUUAACGCCCAUGAUUUGUGUGAAGAAAUUGUGUCGUGUCAGUCUCUUUUCAAAAAAUUAAAUAAUGAUGUGGUGAAAAUGCUCGAAUUUAUAUAUUUAAACAAUUUGACAGCUGUUUGCCCUAUCAUCACCAUAGCAUUACGAAUUUUGCUAACUAUGCCAGUUACCGUAGCAAGCGCGGAAAGAUCCUUUUCUAAAUUAAAACUUAUAAAAAAUUACCUGCGCUUAACAAUGAGCCAGAAAAGAUUACCAAAUUUAGCAACAAUAUCCAUAGAGGAGGCCAUAUUAGACCAUAUAGACAUACACGAGAUUAUUAAGGAUUUCGCAAACAGAAAAGCGAGAAGAGUGGAAAUAAUAUAA